CAGUGAUCAGCCAGAUCGACAUUUUGUCUAAUUUGACGAAAUACCUCUUGCCGUUUUUUCUCCUGCCGAGUCAAAGAGUCACUAAAACUUUCGUAAACUGAAACAGAGAUCAAGUGCUAAAUACAAGAUGCAUAAAAACCAAAGACUCCCGCAGGAAUAUGCCAACAGGCUUAUGGUCAUGUCUCCAAGGGUCAAGGAGGCCUUUCCAGCCUUGGAGCCCAGGCCCAAAAAUGGGGCGUGGAAAUAUCCUGUCUCUCUACCUUACAUUGCCCCUGGCGCAAAGGAAAACGUAAAUAGAGCAUUGGAUAGACGACUGAUCUCCAGCGCAACAUCCACGAUUAAAGAUAUGGAAGAGGCUCUCAGGGACUUCUUCCAAGUACCCACGGCAAAAGCCUGUAACACGGGUUAUGCGUCUCUGGUCAUCGGUCUCCGACUUGGUAACCUCGGUCCCGGAGACGAGGUGCUCGUCCCUAGUCUUACAAUGGUAGCUGUGGCCAAUGCUGUCAUCACUGUAGGGGCUACGCCUAUUUUCGUGGACUGUGCACCUGGAAAACUGAACCCAGGAAUCGAGGAAUACGAGGAGAAGAGAACUGAAUUCACCAAAGCCCUCGUUGUGACGUACACUUACGGCACGACUGUAGAUGGUAAAGCUUUCCGCAGUUACUGUGACACCAAUGGGCUUGUGUUCAUCGAGGACAUUUCUGAGGCGUUCGGGACUAUUUGUGAUGGUCAGUUGGCGGGGACAUUCGGAGAUUUUGGCUGCGGUAGUUUGUACGCUAAUAAGAUAAUAACUGCCGGGGAUGGCGGAUUCGUCAUCUCCAGGCACAAGGAUGCAGUCAUCUUCGACAGAGCCACAAGCUUGACCAACCAUGCUUUUGUCAAACAUCAUCACUUCGUCCAUUUUGACCAUUCUGGUAAUUUCAAGAUGUCUGGUCUGGCAGCAGCUCUGGUGACACCUGCUAUUCCUCGCACACCGGAAGUACUGAACCAUAGAUCGUUCAUUGCCCAAUGUUACAGGAAGUUCUUGUCCGAUGUCAAUCACAUCACUCUUAUGGAAAAAUCUGAAUUUGGCCCGGACGCACCAUGGGUAUUUGGUGUGGAGUGCGCAAGUAAGGGCCUGAAAGAUACCAUUCGAGCCACUAUGGCGGAGAAGUACGGCAUCGAGACGCGGGACUACUUUUUCCCCAUUCAUUUGCAACCGUUUUACCAAAUCCCAGGCAAAGAGCCAGACCAUUUGCCGAACGCCGAGAGCCUGGGUCAAUGUGGUUUUUACCUACCAACCCAUUAUUAUCUGUCAGAAGACGACAUGCUGUACAUCGCUAACGCUGUCAAAUGUGGCAUCAGCGCAUUCAAGUCAAUGGAACAGUAAAACUUCCCCAAAACUUUAUAAAGUGAAAUCAGGCGAAGAGAAAACAGAUUUAUUUUCUGGGACAAUACAUACAAAUGGGGCUAAUUUUAAGCACAAGUAUAAGGAGUAUGCUCAUAUAUGUGAGCAGUUGUUACCGGUAAUAUAUUUGAUGUCAAGUCAAAUCAGAUCAAAUUUUAUUUAUAGCCGACUUUCCAGAAAUAAUAAAAAAAUUUCCUCCAUUCCGUUAUGCCGUCUGAUGAAAGGACAAGACCUGCCAAAGCGAAGGGAAAUUAUAUUUGAUUGAUCAAACUGGAAAAUUCAAGCCAAAAUGGAUCUUAUCGCCCAUGAAACGCUAGUACUUUAGCUGAACUGUUAUUUUAAAAUAUGUAGGCCUAUCUCUUCAUAAAUUAAUCUCUGGAACGUUUGCGUUAAGUUUAUUCCUAUACUUUCUUAUUAUGGCACAUCCACCGCUCUCUACGUCCACUUUACACCACUGUCACAUUUUCAACAGAAAUCUUGAAUAACGCCAAGAGCACUGAGGUCACGGUGAUGAGACAGGGACUGAUGAGGCAGGGAUAACAACCAUUGUCUCUGCUUAUACUUAUUAGACGUAUAUUAUCUUUAUCGUAAGUAUGCACAACAUGAUUCUAGGUCACCUGAAGCAAUUUUAAUGACGAAUGCUGAUUAUUAGUUGGCGGGAGGACAUUAUGCGGCUGAGCCGAAACAAGCUUACCUGCGUCGCACAGGGUACAGAGGUCAAGCUUGUCUAGUGGUGACGGUGGUGUAAAGUGAGCGUAAGGAGCAGAACAGCGCACAGGCUAUAAGGGGAAUGAUCUAAUAUGAAAGAGUCAUACAUAAAGGCUAUAGUUCUACAGAU